UCGUUCCACGGCUUUCCCUUCCCUUCCCGCUGCCGCUCUCGCCGCCAGCAUGAUCUUCUUCCUGGCCGUGCUUGCUAGCAUCUUUCAAGCAGGUGAGUGAGUGCAGGACGCCGCCUUGGGGACCUCCCUGCGCCCCCCUCUCCCAGCCAGGGCGGUGCCGGAGCAGCCUUUCCGGAUCGCCCUCGCCGGUUUCUGGAAGCAUCGCCCUGCUCCGCCCGCCUUCCCCGAGCAGGUCCCGGUGCCCUCCUCGCCUUCGCCCUCGCCCGCGUUGCUUCCCCUCUCACGCCGCCAGGGCAGGGCGAUGGCUUGUGCAGGCCCCGCCGGGGACUGGAGUUGCUGCUGUGUCCCGCUUGUCCUUUAGGAUGCUCUCGCGGCUGCGCUCCUCCCCUCUGUCCUCACAAGACCCCUGCCGGGAGCUCUCCGGGCUAUCAGGCGAGCGCUUUUCCAGCCCCGCCUGAAGAUGCCAGGGGCCAAACCCGGGCCCCUAGCGCUGAGCUCCCUCGCCACCCCUUCCCCACGUGCAGCUUUCACCGGGGUGCGUGAACGCACCUUCCUUGCCAUCAAGCCGGAUGGGGUGCAGCGACAUUUGGUUGGCGAGAUCAUCCAGCGCUUUGAGAAGAAAGGCUUCAAACUGGUGGCAAUGAAGCUCAUGCAGGCUUCCGAAGACUUGUUGAAAGAGCAUUACAGUGCUCUGAGCCAACGGCCUUUCUACAACCGCCUCGUGAAGUAUAUGAGCUCAGGCCCGGUGGUAGCCAUGGUCUGGCAGGGACUGGAAGUCGUGAAGAUGGCGCGCAUGAUCAUUGGAGAAACGAACCCAGCAGAUGCCAAGCCCGGCACAAUCCGAGGAGACUUCUGCAUCGAGGUUGGCAAGAACGUGAUUCAUGGGAGCGAUUCGGUAGAGAGCGCCCAGCGAGAGAUUGCGCUCUGGUUCCACACCGAUGAGGUGACUUGCUGGGAGGACAGCACAGAGCACUGGAUUUAUGAGUAAAGAAAGCGGCGACAGAAACACGGCUCCUUCCGCUGGCACUGGACGCAAUCCAUUUGCAUCCGAGCUUCUGCAGGCUCUUACAGGGCUCCAGCUUUUGCCCUUUUUUGAGUGGGUGAGGAGAAGGGAAGGGAAGCUGACUCUAGCCCGAAAAGAACAGAUCGUGUCAGUUUGAAAGGAGCAAUUAACACAGGCUUCCUCGGUCUGGCACCCUCCUGAUGUGUUGGGACUACACAUGCUGGCUGGAAUGAUGGGAGUUGUAGUGCCAACACACCUGGCUGAGGAAGGCUGCUGUAGCUUUUUAGUGCAAUAUUAAGGAGGCGCCUCUGCUUAUGAAUGGAGAAAGGAACACGCCAGAGGAGUUUCAGUCCUCUCUCGUGUUUUGUCGAAUGCAUUUUUCAUGGAUGUUCUGUCACUGCCCCCACUUUCCCUGCUGCAACAAUAUCUUCUCUGUGGUUUUUGGGGUGAAUGUCGGGGGUGUUGUGUGCUGUUCUAAUUUUCUCUGGGGGUUGGGAAAGAGCAGAGGUUGAAAAGGCAGGGUUCACACAGCUCCUAUCUCUUGAAUCUACUGCUACCCUGCCAAAAAUGAAUUUCUGAUACUUCUGGUCAGGGCGAAGAAGGCACCAGCAUAUUUUCUGUUUUGCCCAGCAGGAAGCUGAUGUCCUGUUGCAGCCGAGUGCUGCGUCUGGGCUUCUGGGCAGGGAGGGAGGCAAUGCAGGCGGCCACAUGGUUUGCUCCAAACAGUGGGUACCGGGAUGCCCUUCUGGCGUGGGGCCUGCCUGAUGCAUUAUAGUGGCUGUACUAUUACAACACCUGCGCCUUUUCUGGAGCUUUCCGGGUCCUCUGUCCAACUUCGCAUUACUGUACCCCCAAAUAUCUUUCCAAGGCGGCUUGUUGGAAUCUCUAAGUAGAUACAGAGCUCCUUUUUAAGAGAUGGGCUGUGCGUUUGCUUUUUGUAAAAUAAAUUUUGGAAAGACCAGCUUUAA